CACCGCUUCGUGUCGCGGGCGGCGGAGCGGAGACCGAGCGCUCGGGAUCAGCGGCUCUCGGGCGGCGCUCCUGCAAUCGCUUGGGGCACGGCUGGCCGGCGCCGCGGAAGCGCGGAGCCGCGACCCUCCUCGGCCGCCUUUGUCUGCGAGGCGUGCGGCCCGGAACCGCGGCCCUCGGGGCCGGGGACGCGCCAGCCGUGGUGGGUGGGUGACAGCUCCUCCCUCCCGCCACCCUUCGUGGCGGAGGGGCGGCCGGGCAAGGCCCUGUUACCUCGCUCCCUCGUGGCCCGCGCGCGGACCGAUGCCCCCGCAGCAGGGGCACCCCGCGUUCCUCGGCCGCUGCGAGGCGCCUCCCGUGCCGCCUCGUCGGGAGCGCGGGGGACGCGGCGGUCGCGGGUCCGCGGAGCCGGGGAGUAGGGGGCGCGCGGGCGGUGCCGAGGGGCGCGGCGUUAAGUGCGUGCUGGUCGGCGACGGCGCGGUGGGCAAGACGAGCCUGGUGGUCAGCUACACCACCAACGGCUACCCCACCGAGUACAUCCCCACCGCUUUCGACAACUUCUCGGCUGUAGUGUCUGUGGAUGGGCGGCCUGUGAGACUCCAGCUCUGUGACACAGCAGGACAGGAUGAGUUUGACAAGCUGAGGCCUCUCUGCUACACCAACACAGACAUCUUCCUGCUGUGCUUUAGCGUUGUCUGCCCCUCAUCUUUCCAGAAUGUUAGUGAGAAAUGGGUGCCGGAGAUUCGGUGUCACUGUCCCAAAGCCCCCAUCGUCCUGGUUGGAACACAGUCAGAUCUCAGAGAAGAUGUCAAAGUCCUCAUUGAGUUGGACAAAUGCAGAGAGAAGCCCGUUCCUGAAGAGGCAGCUAAGCUGUGUGCCGAGGAAAUCAAAGCUGCCUCCUACAUCGAGUGUUCGGCCUUGACUCAAAAAAACCUCAAAGAGGUCUUUGACGCAGCCAUCGUUGCUGGCAUUCAAUACUCGGACACUCAGCAACAGCCAAACAAGUCAAAAAGCAGGACUCCAGACAAAAUGAAAAACCUUUCCAAGUCCUGGUGGAAGAAAUACUGCUGUUUCAUAUGAUGCUGGCAAGAUACUCGGAAAGGCUAUUUUCAAGUGAAAUUGAUAUUAGAAGCUAUAUUAGCUGAAACAAAUCCUUUUACUGUAUAGAGCUCAUAUAGAAAAUGUGUAUUUGUAUGAUAGGAGCUCUCAGUUUAUGUAUUUUUUCUUGCCUUUAAUUUUCUUAUUAUUUCUUUGAAUUUAAGGAUAGAUACUUGUGCAGUAUAUUUAUGAAGUAAGUUAAGAAGUUUUCAACACUCUGGAAAUUUAGAGCUUAGACCUCUUGAUUAAUUUAUAUCUAAUAUGAGGAAGACACCAUAAAUCUGGAUAUGUCAAGAAUGAAAUUUUCCUACAUUAUAAUGCACAGAAGAAAAAAAGGGGAAUGCUGCAUUUAACCCUCUCUUGACUUAAGGGCUAUUAAUGUACAGUGUGUUGGGCUAUUAAUGUACUUGGGUCAAACGUGGUAAGAAUAAUUCUUAGCUUUGGAACUUCAUGCAAACCAGACUUUUUUUAAGAACAAAAAUCUAAGAAAAAAUGAGUGAUCUCUGCCUGUUAAACCUCAGACCAGUCACUUUUGUCUCUAACACCCAGUUGCUUAAGAUUUAAAAGCAACAACAACAAUAUCCCACUGAGUAUAUAACAGAAAAGAAAACCUAUUUAUUGGGAUUUUCUUACCUUUAGACCAGCAUGUUGACAUUGUGUGAACAUAGCUAACGUGCCAUGGAGAGGAAAGCAAGUAUUGGUCAGUAGUUCUGGUAUUUUCUUUAGGGGGUGAUUCCUUGUGGGAUCAGAAUAUGAUACUUGCUUUCUGUACUUUAAUGUGUGCAUCAAGUUCCUGAACCCCAGGAAAGAAAAGCACCAGGAAGCACCACCUGAAUUGUUUUUAAACUGCCAUACUCAAGUUGUCCCAUCUGCAGGAAGUCAACACUCUUACAAGCCCAACAGUAAAUGUUUAUGGGACACAAAAUGCACUUCAUUUGCACACACCCAUCUCCACACAUACACAUAUGUAUGUGUGCACGUCUAUGCCUGCUGCUGAUUCAGGCUUUUAAACUGUUAAUGGGAGAAAGCAUGGCCUCACAUACAGAUAUUAGGGAAGCUUGGCAAUUUCUUCUCAUUGACACUUGUUUGAACAAACAUCUUUUUGAUUUUAUCCUAGAUAUGAUUUUAAAUAUAUCUUAAUAUAUACAUUUUUGAGACCAUUUUAGAACAAAAAAUAGAGUGAGCAUUUAUUGAAACCUGUUAAAAAAACUACUUAAAUCCACAGAUGGCCUUUGGUGUACUGGCAGCAGAGACCAGCCCUGUGUGUCUGAGGAGCCACAGGGGUGGGAGGUGGUAGGGGCUGAGGUGGCCAGUCAGGUACAUGCUGAGACCACGGCCCUCACACUGGCUUCUUCCUUACUGUGGGACAGUCAGAAAACCACAUUUGUGAAAUAUCUUUCAAGGUGGCAGUUUUUAGGUCUGAAUCUUCUGCGGAAAAAAGGACUAUAACAUGGAGAGUGGUUUUUGCUAUGUGGUAGGUAUGCUUCUGAGGUGACACAAGGUAGCCAGAACCCUCUGAAUUAUAAAGUCAGGCUUACAGUGAAGCUGGGUCACCAAAUCACUUCAAUAACUAACUAGGGAAAUGUCUGCAAAGCUAGUGGAUAGAAGAAGUUCAUCUUUCUGUAGGUUUUAUGUUGUCCUUUUUAUAGUUAAAAAAAUAUAAUUUGUGUUUUUCUAUUAAAAAAAUAAAAAGAUCAGGUUGUACUUUA